AUGCCUUCGGUGCCCCUUCUCGCGGGCGGCCUUGUAAUCUUGCUUGCGCUGUCUAAAAUCUUUUACAACAUCUUCCUUCAUCCUCUUCGCUCUUAUCCAGGCCCAUGGUAUGCUAAGGCCACCAUUUUCUGGUCUCAGUACCAUGCAUACAAGGGCAACUUGACCUAUUUGGUGCACGACUUGCACCAGAAGUACGGUCCAGUGGUCCGCAUCGCGCCAGACGAGCUCGUGUAUACCGACCCUCACGCCUGGAAGGAUAUCUACGGCCAUCGGAACGGUGUCCCGGAGAAUGGAAAACAUCCCAGCAUGAAUGUCAACCCGGAUCCAGUCCAUCCGACAAUUAUCACUGCGGACAGGGAGCAGCACGCGAAGCUCCGCAGGCUUCUGUCGCACGCGUUUUCCGAGAAGUCCAUGAAGGAGCAGGAGCCUGUCAUCAGGGGUUACAUUGAUCUUUUGAUUGAGCGGCUGCGUGAAGUGGCCACAGAGAAUGAUCCCAAGGGCACCGACAUUGUGCGGUGGUAUAACUUCACCACCUUUGACGUUAUUGGCCAUCUCGCAUUUGCAGAGUCCUUCGGAUGCCUACAGAACUCGGAAUACCACCCCUGGAUCGAAUUCAUGUUCUCGACCAUCCGCUACGGCUCCAUGAUGGGCGCCCUCAAGCGCGUCGAGGCCAGUCUCGCCGCCCUGGUGAAGAACAUGAUCCCGGAGCGCAUCCGCAAGCAGCGCGAGAAGCUGUACAGCAUGACGGACGAGCUCGUCAUGCGGCGCCGCAGCACCGAGCCGUCGUACACGGACUUCAUGACGCACCUGCUGGGCGCCGAGCAGGGCGGCAAGCUGACCAUGCCCGACGUCUUCGCGCAGGCGCCGAUCCUGGUCAUUGCCGGCAGCGAGACGACGGCCACGCUGCUCUCCGGCGGCACCUACCACCUGCUCACCAACCGCCGCGUGUACGACCGCGUCGUGAGCGAGAUCCGCGGCCGCUUCGCCGAUCAGAGCGAGAUCAACGUCAACAGCAUCAGCGAGCUCAAGUAUCUCCUCGCCUUCUUCGACGAGGCGCUGCGCAUGUAUCCGCCUGCCGCCAAUAACCUGCCGCGCAUGACGCCGCCUCAGGGAGCCACGAUUUUAGGCAAGUGGGUGCCGGGCAACACCGCCGUCGGAAUCCACCAGUACGCGCAGUUCCAUUCCCCGGCCAACUUCGCCGACCCGGAGGUCUUCGCGCCGGAGCGUUUCUUGGAGACGGGAGAUCCGAAGUGGGAGAAUGACAGGAGGGAUGCUUUGCAGCCGUUUUCGUUCGGCCCGAGGAACUGUAUUGGCCGCAAUCUUGCAUAUGUUGAGAUGCGUUUGAUCCUGGCUUCGAUUCUAUGGAAUUUCGAUAUGGAGCUUGUUUCCGGACAGGAGAACUGGAUUGACCAGAAGAUUUACCUGGUAUGGGAGAAGCAUCCCUUGAUGGUCAAACUUACUCCGGUGAAGAGGUAG